AUGAUUGACAAUGCAUAUGGUUUAAAGACAACAGUCUUAAUCAGGAACGGGCUUGAUCACAAGAAAUGGCUCAAGGUACAUUGUAAGUCUAAGGACGACAAUUUGGGUGACAAAUACCUAGGACCGGGAAAAGACUACCAUUUCAAUUUCAGCGAUAACUUUUGGGGAACCACACGAUUCGGGUGCACCCUAAGCAAAGGACCUGAUUAUAAGAUAAGUAAGACGUUUGACGCCUACGUACAGGACGGUACGAAACCUCAUGGAGGCUCCUACAAUUAUAUAGCUAAAGAUGAUGGGAUCUAUCACAAUACUUUAGUGAAAUUUAAACUUCAGAAGCUUUACGAUUGGCAAUAG